AUGUGGAUUCUGUCUCUCGUCGGGUAUUUAGGGGUGAUCGUGGGAUUCGCCUUUCUCACACUAGCUAUAGCUUCGGGACUUUAUUAUUUAUCCGAGCUAGUUGAAGAACAUACUGUUCUGGCACGGAAACUCCUGAGCCGACUCAUCUAUGGUAUCAUCAUCAUUCAGGUCCUGCUGGUGAUCUUCGACCGAUUCCCCGUGUGGCUCUCCCUACUCAGCAUCCUCUCCCACCUGGUUUACGCUAGCAAUUUACGACGCUUCCCCAUCGUCAAACUAUCCGAUCCACUCUUCAUCCUAUCAUGCAUUCUGGUGCUGUUGAACCAUUGGUUAUGGUUCCGUCACUUUUCGAAACCGCCCUCUCCAUCCCGUCAGGCUGAUAACAACUGGCGUCAACCAUACCAGGUGAAUUAUGACGAGAUGCCUUCAUUCUCCGAGGUAUCCUCAUAUUUUGGGUUGUGUGUAUGGCUGGUUCCCUUCGCCCUAUUUGUCAGCCUGAGUGCUGGAGAGAAUGUGCUGCCUAGUAUGGGAUCGGAGUACGCGACUGGUGACCGUGCCAGUGGGUUGGGCCACAGUCGGGGCACCUCGGACGCCAAAUCGAAAAAUAAGGGAAUGGCCAAGGCUCUAGUGGACAGUGUGCGAGAUUGGGCCCGGGAAAACGGUGAAGUCAUGGGCUUAUGGAGGGGGGAGCAAACCAGGCGCUUCUGA